UCCCUCUCGCCUUUAGAAAGGACCGAGAGGGAGAAAAAGAUAGAGAAAAAGCGACUCGGGCCUGGCCGGGCCCGCGCCUCCCCCUCCCCACCCCGGAUCGAUACCGGCCAGGUUCACCUUCUGUAUAAUCCAUGUGAAGGUUGUUCCAGAAACAUCCUGGAAAUCCAGAACAUCUUACAUUUUUCUCUUAUCAGUCAUACUGGGUGUUUAAAGAAGAGUCUGUCCAAAUGAGCAAGACAUCACAGCAGAACACAACUGCAGAAUCCAAUGGAGUAAGUGUCAUCUACACCCAAGCACACACCAGUGGGUUGCAACAGGUUCCUCAGCUGGUACCUGUUAGUCCUGGAGGUGGAGGCAAAGCUACACCUCCCAGUAAGCAGGGCAAGAAGAAUUCCAUCGUGGAUAGAAACAGCGAUGAAUACCGCCAGCGCAGGGAGCGCAACAACAUGGCGGUGAAAAAGAGCCGCUUGAAAAGCAAGCAGAAGGCUCAGGAUACGUUGCAGAGGGUCAACCAGCUGAAAGAAGAAAAUGAACGCUUGGAGGCCAAGAUCAAACUGCUUACUAAGGAGCUGAGUGUACUCAAAGACUUGUUUCUUGAACAUGCUCACAACUUCACAGACAAUGUGCAACCUCUUGGCACAGAAAACACGGCGACAAAUUCAGAUGGCUCUGGACAGUAGAUAUGCUUACCCAACUCAUGGACAGGACAGUGUGGAUACAGCUUUCCCUAUGCAGGUCAGAGGCAACAACAGAGAAGGGACUUCUCUCUAAACUUUGUAACAACUGUCAUUUGUGGCAUUUUUUUAAAAAAACA